AUGUCACUAUCCGGCCAGUCAUCUUCCCUCUCAGACGAUAAACCUGAAAUUGCCCCGGAUGGCUUAAAUUUUAAUACAAUCAGUGGUCAGCCAUUGCAGUCUGUUGGGCCACAGCAGGAUUACAGCAGUUGCAAAGCUGGACGAAUUUGCAUUGGAAACCUAGAAAAAUCGGUCACCACUGAUGACAUCCACAAUAUAUUUUCUGCAUUUGGGAAAAUCCUGUCAUGUCGGGUGUUUGCCGAUGAACAUGGGUCAAGGGGUUAUGGAUAUGUGCACUUUGAGAGCCGGGAGGCUGAAGAGAAAGCUGUCCAGAAGCUGAACGGCAUGCUGCUAAAUGGCCAGAAGGUCAUAAUUGGCCACUACUUGUCAAGCAGAGAGCGAGAUCCUAAUAACAAACCUUUAGAGCUGGACAGAAGUGAAAACAAGGAAAACACGGCCAAAAAUGCAGCUGUCAAACAGCCUGAGGCAGAGCCAGGAGCAGAGACCAUGAAUUUCAAUGUGAUCAAAGGAAAGCCCACGCAAAGUGUCUCGCCUCAGCAUGAAGUCCUGCUGAAUAACUGUAAGGCUGGAAAAAUCUGCAUUGGAAACCUGGAGAAGUCCAUCGACAGCAAAGAUAUUUACAACACCUUCUCUGCAUUUGGAAACAUCCUCUCCUGUCGGGUGUUUGCAGAUGAGAAUGGAUCCAGGGGUUUUGGUUAUGUUCAUUUUGAGGAUCAGGAAGCAGCCCAGAAGGCCGUCCAGAAGCUGAAUGGUAUGCUUUUCAAUGAUCAGAAAGUGGUUAUUGGACAUUACUUGUAA